AUGGCGAAUGCCCACCGGACAAACGUUCUCGUCACUUCGUGUUUGAAAACGCCGGUGGACCCGCACACCAAAGCCCCGUUAGCUUCUUACGAGAGGGAGCGAGUCCUGCCGUACACGGCUACAGGUCAUAUGGAUAACCGGGACUACGAGAAGGAGCUCGAGUAUGAGGACUCAGGCUCUGAUUUCUGUGAUGAGGAUUGUCUGGUAAAAGGCGGCCCUCUCAUGAUGACUGACUGCAGAGCAGCAGACCUGAGUGAAAUCUUCUUCUCCAACGAGGAGUACUACAGCAAGCUGGAGGAACUGAAGAAAGCCCAUCUUCGCACCAUGGCUGAGCUCGAGAGCAUGUAUCGGCGAAAACUGCAACUCAAGUCCAUGGAACCUCUGGACAUGGCAACGCUAGAGAUGGGGCACCGGCUACCGUGGUCAAACAGCAGCCCAGCAGCUUCACGCCGUUUGAGGAAGUCACACUCUGCUGUUGAACUCAGGAGAAGCUCUGGACAGUCAGACUCUUCAGACGGAGAUGACGCUGCCAGUAAUGAUGUGGAGAAAGGCCUACUUUUUUCUCCUAAAGAACACAUCAAAAACAUGUGGCGGGACUUUAAACUGUCACCUCACAAUCGCCGCCUCUCAACCUCCUCGCUGCAAAGCCUGCCAGGAGACCAGAGGAGACUAAAGGGAAAAGGAAAGAAGAGGCAAGGACAUAAAAACAGAGAGAAGGAGCAUUGGAAACACAGAGUGACUGUCCCGAAACCUUUCCAGAUGAUGCUGCGUGAGGCUGAGAGGCGAAAGCGUGGCAUAAAGACACGUUCAGAGAUCGAACUGGAGAAUGCAGAGCUGCGACGGCAGCUGGAAGAACUGACAGAGUGUCAGAGGAAAUUUCGUGCCAGCCCUGUACCAGCUCAUGUUCACCUCCCGCUUUAUGAGGAGCUGCAGGAGCGGAAUGAGGAAAGACAGCGAAGAAUGAGACAUCGAGAAGAUCAGCGUCUUCAAACCAUCCAGAAGCCCUUCAGCUUUCUGGAGAGGGAGCGGCUGAAGAAGGAGCAGAAACACUUGCGACACCCACAGCCAUCCGACCAGGAGAAAGUCAAACCCUUCAAGGCCAAGCCUGUGCCCAAGGCAGUGUACGCAGCAGCAUCAGGGGAGCAGAUGAAGGAGGAGCAGCUGUAUCGGUCUAUCAAGAUACAGAUGAGAGCUCAGGAGAUGCUCCACAGUGCUUCAAUGCCUCCCAGCAUGCUCGCAAGACGACUCAGUGAACGCAAGAAGACCAAAGACGGUGCUGCUGAAGCCAGAGGGGAGGACUUCUCCCACACGCCCCAGAUUAACAAAGAGGUGCCCGACUUCAAUGCCAGUUACAGACGCUUUCAAAAACACCUGGAGAAACAAAAAGAGGUGAAGCCCACGACUGUAUGUGAACCCUUUGAAUUAAGGACAUCGCAGAUCACUUCGCACCGUGAACGCAUCCUGGCUGCCAUCGAGCAGGAGCAGAGCAGCCCUCGGAUGCUGCGCUGGCCGUACAUCAGCUCCGGGCUAUCCCGCACGCCAAACUCAAGCCUCUGUUCGUCCCUCUCUGGCAGCUUGGAGCUCCUGCCUACCAAAGUCACAGAUGCCACCAAAAGGCGCCAUGAGGCUGUGAGAAAGGUGCUGGAGCAGAGGAAGAAGGCUGAGGAGGAGGAGGAGCAGUGGAAGGAAAGACAGAAGCAGAGGGAGAAGAAGCUGCAGAAGGUGGUGUUGAAACGCGCCCAGGCCAACGACCCCCACCUGGCUCUCUCACAGACACAUCUGUCCAAACUCAAAGAAUUCAGGAAACAAGAGAUUCAGCGCAGGAAGGAGUACCAACAGGAGAUGAAGGAGAUGCAGCAGAGGGUGAAGGGAAGGCCGCUGCUGUUGGAGCAGGUUGCACAGAGGAAUGCCAAACAGGCAGCAGAAAAGCGCUACACAGACGCGCUGCGUGGAUGUGAUGUGACCGAAGAAUUUAUCAGCAGCAAGGUGGCCAAAUUAGGAUCUGCACACAAAGCCUCUCCAUCCAGUGACAGCAAACAGAGUGACCGAGAGGAGCCAGACAUGGGAUAUGAACCUGUUCACUACAGACAGGUCUUCCUGGAUGAUGAAGAUGUGGAAGUAGAUCCAGAUGAAGAGGAUGGAGGGAGUGACAAGGCUUCAUUAAACCACCGUGAUGGAGACGAUGCCAGCAUUCAUUGCCCAGAUCAAGAUUAUCAUGGAGAUGAUCAACACUGUUCAGAUGAAAGUUACCACUACUCAGAUGAUCAUGAGAAUUACUCAGAUGACAGUGAGCAUGAUGCUGACACUAGACAGCAGGAAGCAGGCGAGUGA